AUGACGUCAUGAGGCGACGUGUCAAACAUGGCGGCGGAUAUCACAUUAUUAUUCAAAGCGAGCGUGAAAACAGUGAAAACGCGCAAUAAAGUGCUCGGAUUGUUCGAGAAUAAAGCGCUCGGACUGAUCGAUGCAAACAACAGAGAGGAGACGAGCAGUGUGAAGAGACACAGGCAGAGAGACAGCUUCACUUAUAAAGCCAGAGAAGUGAUUUCAAACAUCUCAAAGCUGAAGGAUUUUCUGCUGCAGCACAGGAAGGAUUAUGUGAACGCCGGCAGUUUAAUGUGUUCAGAUGUGUCCCGCAUGACUGACAGCGAGAGAGAUCAAAUCGAUCAAGAUGCACAAAUAUUCAUGAGAACCUGCGCAGACGCCAUCAGCCAACUGAGAUCUGACACGGACAGACAGGUGGUGACAGCACAGGUAAAGGAUCAUCGUGCAGCAGUGCUGGAUCUGAUUGAGGUUUAUCUCAAAGGAGUGUGUAAACUGUAUUCUGAGCAGAGAGCUGUACGUGUGAAGAGAGUCGUGGACAAAAAGAGACUAUCCAGAUUAGAACCUGAACAGAUUAAUAAAGACAAACAACAGAGUGACCCGGAGGAGAACAACGAUAAGCCGGUGUCUGAGCGUAAUGUUGAUUUAUGGGAGGACAACAGAGUGGAGGAUGAACUCUCACCUGAGGAAAUACAGAUGUUUGAACAGGAGAAUCAGCGAUUGGUCGGAGAGAUGAACAGUUUACUGGAUGAAGUCAGGCAGAUUGAAGGGAAAGUGGUUGAAAUCUCUCGUUUGCAGGAGAUCUUUGCUGAGAAAGUUCUUGAGCAGGAGACUGAGAUUGACAGCAUUCAUCACCUGGUUGUUGGUGCAACAGAAAAUGUCAAAGAAGGAAACGAGGACAUACGAGAGGCGAUAAAGAAUAACGCUGGUUUCCGUGUGUGGAUUCUCUUCUUUCUGGUCAUGUGUUCGUUCUCGCUGCUGUUUCUGGACUGGUAUGAUGGAUGAACUGAUGCUCACACACAAACUAAUAUCACAUGACACACGUGUGUGUGUGUGUGUGUGUGUGUGUGUGUAGCGCCCUCUAGUGGAUGAGUCUCUACAGCACACAAUCUAAUUAUACCAUCUGAAUGUGCAACAUGUAAAGUUUAAUAAUAUUCAAUAAAUGCUCCUUA